CAGCACGCAGGCCCUCCCUCCGCGGCACUGCUGCUUCCAACAACAAGCAGAAGCCAGCAACAUGGCCGACCUAGGAAAGAAGUACUGCGUAAACUGCCUUGCAGACGUUACGAAUCUGCGGCUUCGCUGUACUGACUGUCCAGAUAUCGAACUUUGUCCGGAGUGCUUCUCCGCGGGUGCAGAAAUCGGUAAUCACCGGCGAUGGCACGGUUAUCAGCAAGUCGACGGCGGGCGCUUCACCCUCUGGGGUCCCGAAGCGGAGGGAGGAUGGACUAGCAGGGAAGAGCAGUCGCUCCUCGACGCGAUCGAGCAAUAUGGCUUUGGAAACUGGGAGGACAUGGCCACUCAUGUAGGGGCAUCUCGGACCCCCCAGGAUGUCAUGGACCACUACGUCGGCAUGUACAUCCAUGGCAACCUGGGAAAGGCCUGCGUCCCCGACAGCAUCCCCAACCGGGUGACGGAUCACACCUGCCCCAGCGGCGGUCCCCUGUCCCCCAGCCUCACCACCCCUCUGCCUCCCCUGGACGUGACCCUGGGCGAGCAGCAACAGCUGGGCUACAUGCCACUCCGCGACGACUAUGAGAUGGAGUACGACCAGGAGGCGGAGAAGCUCAUCAGUGGCCUGUCGGUCAACUACGACGAUGAAGACGUAGAGAUCGAGAUGAAGCGCGCGCACGUGGACAUGUACGUGCGCAAGCUUCGUGAGCGCCAGCGCCGCAAAAAUGUGGCCCGCGACUACAACCUGGUGCCCGUCUUCCUAGGCCGCGACAAGAAGGAGAAGCAAAGCACGCUGGGAGUUGUAGGUGGUGGUGGUGGCGUCGUCGUCGGAGCGGUGGGGAGCCUUCCGACGCCAACCACUCCCGCGGUGACGCCGGGAGCUCCAGCCGUCCCGACGGCGCCGAAGCGUAAGAUCCCCAAGGAGGAGAAGGAGCAGCGGAUCAAGUUACGGGGGAUGUGCCAGUUCAUGGCUCAGCGGGAGUUUGAGGACUUGUUCCACAACAUGCACAAGGAGCGCGUGCUGCGCGCCAAAGUACGGGAGCUGCAGCGCUACCGCCGCAACGGCAUCGCGCGACUGGACGAGGCGGCCGAGUACGAGGCGGCGAGGCACAAACGGGAGAAACGCAAGGAGAACAAGAGCGUAGCUACCUCGAAAACGGGCCGGGGCGGAGGGCUCGGCACAGGAGGAGGACUUGGCGGAGGGACAGGAGGUGGCGGAGUCAUCAAAGAGGAGGGCAAGGAUGGUGAGUUCCCGGCCAUAGAGAACCUGGCGGGCUUCGAGCUGCUGUCAGACCGGGAGAAGGUGCUGUGCAAUUCACUUAACCUCAGCCCCACACGCUACCUGACUGUCAAGACAAUCAUCAUCAAGGACCACCUGCAGAAGAGCCAGGGCAUUCCCUCCAAGAGCCGGCUGCCCAGCUACCUAGACAAGGUGCUCAAGAAACGCAUCCUUAGCUUCCUCACAGAGAGCGGCUGGAUAUCCCGGGACGCAUCCUAACAAUCUAUUGGGUUUGUAGGGUCUGGGACACAUCCCAACAAUCCAUUGGGUUUGUAGGGUCUGGGACACGUCCUAACAAUCCAUUGGGUUUGUAGGGUCUGGGACACGUCCUAACAAUCCAUUGGGUUUGUAGGGUCUGGGACACGUCCCAACAAUCCAUUGGGUUUAUAGGGUCUGGGACACAUCCCAACAAUCCAUUGGGUUUGUAGGGUCUGGGACACAUCCUAACAAUCCAUUGGGUUUGUAGGGUCUGGGACACAUCCUAACAAUCCAUUGGGUUUGUAGGGUCUGGGACACAUCCUAACAAUAUGUAUGGAGUUUGUGGGGACUAAGGAUUGCAGAGGGACAAUGACUCUUGUUCUCUGUUGGAUUGUUGCGUCUCUGUGUCUUGUUAUAAACAAUGUGAGAUGUGUCGUAAGCUCCAGAUUGGACCAAGCUGAAUUUUACCACCUUUUGUCAAGUUCUGACCCAAGUCGUCGACCACCGGACUGUUUGUGAAUAUGUACAUUGCAAAAGAUUUCCUCUUUCUUAAAAAAAAGUUUGGAUACCAUUUACUGGAGAAUGUGGAACAAAUAUAUAUUUUUGUAUUUGCAUCCAUAUGAAUGAUAAUGUAUGGGUAGAUGAUACAUUCUCUUCAUUGCAGUGAAGGAUCACCUAAUACUACUGGGCAAACCAGACAACACUGUUUUUCAAAGCGGUUCUCAAAGUAUAAAUAGUUGUGUAGUUUGUCUCCAGCUUCCUGUUAGUAUGGUCCCAGAUCAGUUGGUGCCAUCUUGCCGACUCCUAUGGUCAUUGGCAAGACGAUACAAACAGAUCUGGAACCAGGCUAGCUUCCUUUUAGGUUAGGAUGUUGUCUUGGAGAGCACAGGUUAGUGCCUAUUCAAACAGCAAUACAGCCGCACUGUGUUGGAAAGCAGGGGUUAUCAUCAUCAUUCUUACCAUGAAGAGAUGGCCUGCUAAGCAUAGAGGGGUCAGUAUUUGGCAGCUAACGCUUUCAUAAAGCACUGUGGUAAUCCCCAUUAUGACGCUGUAGCUUUGUGGUGUUGUCAGGCUCAGAAUGUGGCACUGUGAGGGGAGUAGAUAAGCCUAACUCCUCCAUACUAUUCUGUUCCACACGUUGCACGUUUUCUGAUUCUAGUAGGCGGUUCACUCUACUCGACUUCUAAAGAAAAUAAAAAGCUUUAAAUAUCGGCAUUAACCAAUGACAUGCGAUCCUAAAGCACAAAUCAAAAAUGUUGCAUAUCUAUUUUUUUUCACCACCGGUUAAGUUUGCCUGUUUGGAGGGGCGUUGUGGGGUUAACGGUGUGUCGUCCUGCCAGACUGGUUUUAGCCUCUUCAUGAAUAUGCGCUGCAUGAUUAUUGUAUUGUGACUCGUUGCUCGCUGUUUAGUUUGCUACAGUUCCAUCUAUUCAAAGGGAGUUAAGUCAUCGUAAAAAAAAAAAAAAAAAAAAAUGAUAUACCUGCUACAUUUGCUCCAUCUAUCUUCCUGGUGCAUUGUUUUAGUCACAUUGUUCAAUUAAGGCUAGUGCAGUGGUUCUCAAAGUGGGGGUUGUGAAACCGAAUGGGGAAAAUACCUUUUGCUGUUGAUGUUUAGAACCACUGGGUUAGUAUUCACAUAUGGCCUUGCAAGCACACUAUCAAAGGGGAGAAAAAGGACGACUGCCACAGUUGGUUUUAGACCUGGUUUUCCAUUAUGUGAAAUGUGUUUGUUCCAAGCACGGGUGCUUUAAAAUGUCCCGUGGCACCUUCUCCCUCCGAUGUCCAGUUAGCCUGUUUAAAACGGAGGUGAACUUCAGUAGAGAUGUGGGUGGGUUGUAUAGAAACAGUAUUACAUUAGACGCUGUGAAAUAAUGUUGUGACUGCAUUCGUAUAGGCCUUAAUAUUAGCAUUCCAUCAUAGUACAUUUACCAUACCACAGAGGAAAUAAAAAUGCUAUAUAUUUCUUCCCCAUAAGCCUCUGAGUAUCCGGACACUGACAGGGCCCCUUGGUUCUCCCAUCAUCUACUUGAAGAUUUUUAUUUUUUUGUCCCAACAACUGGCGUAGUCCACAAUCAAAGACUACAGAUCUCCUUAUCUGGUUUAAGGCGAAAACAACUGUUCAAGGGUGUUAGUAUGUUCUGUAUUAAAAAUGAAAAUCCUUUAUACUG